UGCUCACUCACUACCAACCGCCCUUUAUGUUCUGUUUGCUUCUUGGUGCUAAUCACUCAUCACCUCAAUUCAAAGAUCAAUGCACCAUCACUUUUGGAGAGUUAGAGAGAAACAGAGUGAAAAGAUAAAAAAAGAUCGCCUCAAACUAUGGAGCACAGAGAAAGUACAGAAGAGUGAGACUUGGAAAGAUUGUAUUUUUUGGUCAAGUUCUUCUUGGGUUUCAAUGGAAGAUGAUGACUGGGUUCUGGUGCGACCACCCACAGAGAAAGAGUUCUGGAACCCAAGUUUGAUAGAAACAGAGGUUUCGAGGCCUCUCAAGGUCAGGUUCAAUGGGCCUGGAAAGUACUGGACUGAUGCUCUUCCCAUUGGUACUGGCCGUCUCGGUGCUAUGGUUUGGGGUGGCGUUGCUUCUGAAACUAUCAAUCUCAAUGAGGACACACUUUGGACUGGGAUUCCUGGGAAUUACACAGACCCAGAUGCUCCAGAGGUGCUAUCAGAGGUCAGGAAACUCGUAGAUGAUGGCCAAUAUGCUGAAGCUACUACAGCAGCAUUUAAGUUGUUUGGAGAUCCUGCAGAGGUUUACCAGCUUCUGGGCGAUAUCAAGCUAGAAUUUGAUGAUUCUCACAGUGCAUAUGGUGAAAAAAUGUAUCACAGAGAGCUGGACUUGGAUACCGCAACAGUUGAAGUAAAAUAUUCUGUAGGUGAAGUAGAAUUUACAAGGGAACAUUUUGCCUCAUAUCCAGAUCAAGUGAUUGUGACAAAGAUUUCUGGAAUCAAAUCGGGAUGUCUGUCCUUUACGGUGUCGUUAGACAGCAAGCUACAUCAUCAGUCGCAUGUAAAUGUCAAAAAUCAGAUUGUCAUGGAAGGAAGUUGUCCUGGAAAAAGAAUCCCUCCGAAACCAAAUGAAGAAAACGAUAAUCCUAAGGGAAUUCAAUUUUCUGUGGUCCUUGAUUUGCAGAUCAGUAAUGGUGUGGGCGCGAUACAUGUUUUGGAUGACAGGAAGCUAAGGGUUGAGGGUUCAGAUUGGGCUGUUAUGCUUCUAGCUGCAUCAUCUUCAUUUGAUGGGCUGUUCACCAAGCCUUUGGAUUCAAAGAAAGAUCCUACUUUGGAGGCUAUAAAUACGUUGAACUCAAUAAAAAAUUUGUCUUAUUCUGAUCUUUAUGCACGCCAUUUGCAUGAUUAUCAAAAACUUUUCCAUCGGGUAUCACUGCAGCUUUCCAAAAGUAUUAGGAGCCUUACAAAAGAUAGGUCAUCUCCAAAUGAUAUAGAUGAGACAGUUUCAACUGCAGAUAGGGUGAAAUCUUUUCAAAAUGACGAAGAUCCCUCGUUAGUGGAGCUUUUAUUCCAGUAUGGUCGAUAUCUGCUUAUUGCUUGUUCACGGCCUGGAACUCAGGUGGCAAACCUGCAGGGAAUAUGGAACAAGGAUAUAGAGCCAGCAUUCGAUUGUGCUCCUCACUUGAAUAUCAAUCUUCAAAUGAACUAUUGGCCUUCCCUUCCUUGCAACCUCAGAGAGUGCCAAGAGCCCUUGUUUGAUUACAUUUCCUCCUUGUCGAUCAAUGGAAGUAAAACUGCAAAAGUGAAUUAUGAAACAAGUGGUUGGGUUGUACAUCAUGUGUCUGAUAUAUGGGCAAAAACGUCCCCAGAUCGAGGUAAACCUGUGUGGGCUGUAUGGCCAAUGGGUGGAGCAUGGCUUUGUACCCAUCUGUUGGAGCAUUAUACUUAUACAAUGGACAAGGAAUUUCUAGAAUACAAGGCUUAUCCCUUGCUGGAAGGAUGUGCUUCAUUUCUGUUGGACUGGUUGAUUGAAGGCCGUGGAGGAUUUCUGGAAACGAACCCAUCUACCUCUCCAGAACAUACUUUUAUUGCUCCUGAUGGUGAGCUUGCUAGCGUUAGCUACUCCUCAACCAUGGACAUUACAAUUAUUAGAGAAGUGUUCUCUGGCAUUGUUUGUGCUGCUGAGGUGUUGGGAAAAAGUGCAGACGGUCUGAUUGAAAGAGUUCGCAAAGCACAACCACGGCUUUAUCCGAUAAAAAUUGCUAGGGAUGGUUCCAUCAUGGAAUGGGCACAAGAUUUUGAGGAUCCACAGGUGCAUCAUCGGCAUCUGUCACACCUAUUUGGCCUGUUUCCAGGACACACAAUCACUAUAGAGAGAACUCCCGACCUCUGUAAAGCUGCAGACAACACCCUAUAUAAAAGAGGGGAGGAUGGGCCAGGAUGGUCAACUACAUGGAAAGCUGCUCUGUGGGCGCGCCUUCAUAACAGUGAACACGCAUACAGGAUGGUUAAGCAUUUGUUUGUUUUGGUGGAUCCUGAUCAGGGAAGCAAUUUUCGAGGACUUUACAGUAACCUAUUCAACGCACACCCACCUUUCCAGAUUGAUGCCAACUUUGGUUUUUCUGCAGCAGUAGCAGAAAUGCUUGUCCAAAGCACCAUGAACGACUUGUACUUACUUCCUGCCCUUCCUCGAGAUAAAUGGGCAAAUGGCUGUGUUAAAGGCUUAAAAGCACGUGGUGGCGUAUCAGUCAGCAUCUGCUGGACUGAAGGAGAUCUGCAUGAACUUGGUAUUUGGUCAAAGGAUCGGAAUUCUACGAAAAGAUUGCAUUAUAGAGGAUCUAUAGUCACAGCAAGAUUAAAAACAGGCAGAGUAUACACUUUCAAUAGACAGUUAAAAUGCAUUAACACAUACUCUUUUCCAGAAUAGGCUUUUCUAUGAAGUCUCCUGUCAUCAGAAUGGUGUUACUCAGAGCAUUAUUUUCUUAUUCCUGGCAAAUUUCCGCUAUUGGGGCAUUUGUUUUUUUAUUUUCUUGUUCCUGUCAAAUAAUUCUGACAGGUGAUUUUGAAAUAGGCACAAGAUUGUACUGAAAGAUGAAAAUAUAGAUGCCAUUGUAUUUCAUCCCUA